AUGACGUCAAAAACUUGGUCGUUUGAUUAUUUGCAAGUGAACGGGAUUCUGUCAACCACCGGUCCACCACUACCGCAGGCCGCAACAGCCAGUAGACACUGCACUGUUGUAGAUGGCACCGACGCCACUCGCCAGACCGCCACCGAGUCCAGUGAAGCAGGCAACCCGCACAGAAAGUCUAUACCUAGUUCUCCUAGUUCUAGUUGUGCUUCUAGUCCCGCCACUGCUUCUAGCCGAGCAUUCAAGUUGUUAAACAGCACAAAGAAGUCUCGGGCUCAAUUCAAUGUGGGUGAUCUUAUAUCCGAUUCAGGAAAAUGCCUCCCUAUCGAGUCAUAUGAUCCUAAUAUCAGAGAUGAUGUUAGGAUGUACAGUAUAGAAAAUGAUGCGGCUUAUUGUUUGCAUUGCUACAUAUUCAAACCAGAUAGAGGGGGUCAAGGGGAUGGACAUAUAUUCACUAAGACUCGCUUUAGGGAUUGGAAGCACAAAAGUACAUUGAAAGAUCAUGUCGGGCUCAUUGAUAGUGCUCAUAAUCAAGCUUUUGCAAAGUGUACCAAUUUGAUGAAUCAGAAGCAAAGUAUCUCCCAUGUUAUUUCUAACCAAAGUAGUAGUCAACAAAAAAAUUAUAGGACAAGGUUGACUGCGGUGCUAGACUGUAUUAGAUUCCUCUUGAUGCAAGGAUUGCCAUCUCGUGGUCAUGAUGAAUCGAAAGAGUCUCCUAAUAAAGGAAAUCUAAUUGAGCUACUAAAUUGGUAUGUAGCUCGUCGUAAGAAAAUUAAUGAAGUACUAUUUAGUAAUGCUCCUAGAAAUGACCAAAUGACUUCACCAAGCAUCCAUAAGGAUUUGGUUGAUUGUUGUGCUGUAGAGACGACAAGGUCUAUGAUCAAUGAGAUGGGCGAUUCCUUGUUUUCAAUUUUGGUUGAUGAGUCUCGUGAUAAUUCUAUAAAAGAACAAAUGAUAGUUGUUUUGAGAUUUGUUGACAAAAGUGGGAAAGUGAAGGAGCGUUUGUUGGGCAUUUGCCACAUCGCUGAUACUUGUGCCCAAUCACUCAAGGAUGCCAUUGAUGCAAUAUUUUCUACACAUAGGUUGAGCAUAUUUAGUCUAAGAGGUCAAAGUUAUGAUGGAGCAAGCAAUAUGUCAGGUGAGUUCAAUGGCUUAAAAGUUUUAAUUUUAAGAGAGAACCCAUGUGCUAUAUAUAUUCAUUGCUUUGCUCACCAGCUUCAGUGGGCAGUUGUUUCUGUGGCACAUAGGAAUGUUAUGCUCAGUGAUUUAUUUAACAUGCUUGCUAUUAUUGUGAAUUUGGUUGGUGCAUCAUGUAAACAUGUAGAUGCUCUUCGAACAAGUUAUCAUGUUGAAAUUCUGGAGAGGCUUAAUAUUGAGGAACUUUCUGGUGGAACUGGUCAGUUUCAAGAAAUGAGUUUGGCACGCCCAGGUGAUACUAGAUGGGGCUCACAUCUAAAGACAGUUACUCGCUUUAUUAGUAUGUUUAAUGCGAUCAUAGAUGUUCUUGAGAAUAUAUCAGAAGACGGCACAAACGACUUUUCACAAGCCUUACAGAAAAAUGAUCACGAUAAUCAGAAUGUUAUGAGAUUAUUGAAGUUGUGUAAAUACGCAUUGCAGAACAUGAGAGACAAUGGCUGGGAUACUUUGUUGAGUAAGGUAAUUCAGUUUUGUGUUGAUAGACAUAUUUCAGUACCCAAUAUGGAUGAUAUUGUAGUAUUGAAAGGUCGACCUAGGCGUGCAAGUCAGCAGGUGACUUAUUAUCAUUGUUUUUAUGCUGAUUUGUUUUGUUAUGUGAUAGAUUCAAUUUUGCAAGAGUUGAAUGAUCGUUUUCCAGAAACAACUACUGAGCUUUUUACUUGCAUUUCGUGUUUAAGUUCAAGAGAUUCAUUUGCAACUUUUGAUGUAUGUAAAUUGGUACGACUUGCUCAGUUAUAUCCUAUGGAUUUUAAUAGUGAAGAGCUCUUAUUACUUAGACCUCAACUUGACAAAUUUCUUAUGCUCGUGAGAAUGGAUGAAGCUUUUUUCAACCUCAAAAGCAUAUCUUGUGUAGCUCAGAAGUUGGUUGAAACUGAAAAUUCUUGUUAUUUUCCAUUGGUUUAUAGGCUGAUCACAUUGGUUUUGAUAUUACCUGUGGCAACUACAAGUGUUGAAAGGGUAUUCUCUGCUAUGAAUCUAAUCAAGAAUAAUCUGCGCAACAAAAUGAGAGAUAAAUUGUUGAAUGACAAUUUGGUAGUUUACAUGGAGAGAGAUCUUUUUAUGAAACUUGAGAAUGAGACAAUAUUGCAACGUUUUUCAAAAUAUGCGACCUCGUAA